AUGCCUCCUUAUGAGGUCUCCGAGGCCGGUUGGGGUGAAUUUGACAUUUCGGCCAAAAUUUUUCUGAUAGACGAAAGUUUGCCUCCUGUAGAAAUGUCCCAUUUCCUUAAGCUAAACCUCGCUGGUGCACCACAGGGCCCUUGUAUCGCUUCAGAGACAUAUGACGAGUUGUUAAUCCACGAGCCUGCAGAAUGGUUCUAUGACAAUUUAACAGCUGUCCCUAUAGGGGAGGCUGCCCCUCAUCCUUUAAGUCCUUAUUUCUUAAAGCCUCAAGAGAACGAAGAGAAACAAUUACAGCUUUAUAUGGGACUUCAGGCCUAUGUCCAGACGGAGACAAUCAGUUUAAUGCAAGAUGCUUUCCUUUUGUCUCUGAGGAUACAAGAGCUGCAGCGCCAGCACGAGGCCCUCACGACAGGCAAGGCUACAGGCGCCGCUGCUGCUUCGGGGGCAACAGCAGCAGCAGCAGCAGCUGGUGCUGGUGCUGCCGGUACGUCUGCUCCAGGUACAGCAGCUACGAGUAAUGAGGAAGCAGCUGGUGCUGCCGGUACUGCUCCAGGAGCUCCUGGGCUAGCCAGAAGCGCCUGUCUCCCCGCAGGAGGAGACGCAUUUGCUGCAGCAGCAAAACGACAGAUCAGCAGCGGCUUUGCUGCUCCGAUAAGCAAUACACCCUCAUUAACUGGUGUGGGUCCCCGGGGCCCCAACAUGCCAGCUGCUGCUGCAGCGUACGGCCCCCCUCCGAAGUCGCCCAUGCUGCCAGCAGCAGCAGCAACAGCAGCACAUCACGACCCACAACCGGCGCAACCCCACCAGCAGAACAACGCUCCCAUGCCAGCACAGCCCCAUAUGGCGCAGCCGAUGCAUGCGCAGCAGCAGCAGCAUGUGCUGCAACAGCAGCAACACCAGCAGGUGCAGCAUCAACAGUUCCUGCAGCAGCAACAAAUGCUGCAGCAGCAACAACGACAGAUGAUGCAGCAACAGCAGCCAACACCCUACCUCCACAAACAAGCCCAUCCGGCAGCCUCUCCUCAGCAGCAGCAACAGCAGCAGCCGCAGCAGCAGCCGGCUGUGGUGCAGCAGCAGGCGAUGGGUCAGAUGCCUGUAGGGCCCGGGCCCAUGCAGUCUCCUUUGGAGCAGGGCGUGUGGACAUGCUCCCCAUUGUGGAGCAGACCUUUUGAACCGUUUACAAAGGAGACAGAUGCAAUAUUGUAUAGUUGA